AUGACUGAUGACGAAUUGAAAAACUUCUGCCUUAUUGAGAUUGAGAAGAUACUCAACAGCAAUGCGAGAUCUUUAAGAGACUAUCAAUCAAUACCAUAUCUUGAGAUGUCUGAUGUUUGCCUUUUUCAAAAUAAGCUAAUAGAGGAGGAGUUAGCAUAUGACACAAAUGAUUUGACUCAUACAAACUUAUAUACGGAACAAAAGAUGACUCAUGAGCAAAGGUUAGUAUUCGAUGAGAUACUCAAUGCUGUUAUUACAGAUUCUGGUGGUUUUACUUCCUUUAUGGGCAUGGUGGGUGUGGUUCUGAAACUGCAUACGAAUAUGAGACUUCUAAUGUCUUCUUCAGAUCAAGAUGAAGGUGAAAUGAAGAGAUUUGCUAAUUGGAUACUUGAUGUUGGAAAUGGAAAUAUUGGUUCUAUUGUUGGUGAUGAAUCAAAAAUUGAAAUUCCAGAUGAUCUAUUGAUUGCAACUACUGAUGACCCUCUCUUUCAUUUAGUAGACUUUGCAUAUCCAAAUUUGUUGCAAAACAUGUCAGAUUACAGGUAUUUUCAGAGUAGGACAAUUCAUGCACCCACGCUUGAGAGUGGCGAGAAGGUAAACGAUGGGAUGGAAAAGGAGUAUUUGAGUUUUGACACAACAUGUCAAGCUGAUGAGAAUGAAGAUGUACAACAAGAGUGGUUCACACUAGAGUUCCUAAAUGACAUCAAAUGUUCGGGACUACCCAAUCACAAGUUGACUUUGAAGCCAGGAGUCGCUGUAAUGCUACUACGAAACAUAUACUAG